UCUCGCUCCUCUGCGGCGCUAGCGCAGCAGCAGCAGCUGCUGCCCCCCGAAAGCAACGACAGUCACGUCGCUAUCCUUCGCCAGCGCGCACACACACCACCCCCGCAACAAAUACAUUGCACGAACCCGGAGAGGCGGAGAGACUCUCUUGCCUUCCUUGCUACUGCUGCCGCCCGGAUGAGAGGAGGAAGAGGAGGCGGAACGGUGGCGGUAGCGCUGUGGUAGCUCGCUCGGCCCGGGUUGGUUUCGUUCUUGAUUCGGUAGAGGGAGCUGCGGAGGGAAAGUUACAAAGGAAGGAAGGUGGUGGCUUUGGGAGGGUUCGGAAGCCGGAAGGUGCGCGGGGGCUGCUGGGAAUGGCGGCGAGCAACAGCAGGGGCGCGCCGUCGGGGCGGUGGGCGGCGGCGGCCAUGGUGGUGCUGAUGGUGGUUCUUGGGGCGGCGGCGGUGGAGGGGGGAGAUGGGGAGGCGCUGAUGGCGGUCAAGGCCGGGUUCGGCAACGCGGCCAAUGCGCUCGUGGACUGGGACGGCGGCCGCGACCACUACUGCGCCUGGCGCGGGGUCACCUGCGACAACGCCUCCUUCGCCGUCCUCGCCCUGAACCUGUCAAAUCUUAACCUGGGAGGGGAGAUCUCGCCGGCGGUAGGAGAGCUCAAGAGCCUACAGUUAGUGGAUCUCAAGGGGAACAAGCUCACAGGCCAAAUCCCAGAUGAGAUUGGGGACUGUGUCUCCUUAAAAUACUUGGAUUUGUCUUUCAACUUGCUGUAUGGAGAUAUCCCCUUCUCCAUCUCCAAGCUCAAGCAACUUGAGGACCUGAUUUUGAAGAACAACCAGCUCACGGGACCCAUCCCUUCCACAUUGUCCCAAAUUCCAAAUCUCAAAACCUUGGAUCUGGCGCAGAACCAGCUUACAGGCGACAUCCCAAGGCUCAUCUACUGGAAUGAAGUUCUCCAAUACCUAGGCUUGAGGGGUAAUUCACUGACUGGAACCUUGUCACCUGACAUGUGCCAACUCACUGGCCUGUGGUACUUCGAUGUGAGGGGUAACAAUCUCACAGGAAGCAUUCCAGAGAGCAUAGGGAACUGCACUAGCUUUGAGAUUUUGGACAUAUCCUAUAACCAAAUCUCUGGAGAAAUACCUUACAACAUAGGUUUCCUUCAAGUAGCUACACUGUCACUUCAAGGAAAUAGACUGACUGGAAAAAUUCCAGAUGUGAUUGGCCUCAUGCAAGCUCUUGCUGUUCUUGAUCUGAGCGAAAAUGAACUAGUUGGGCCCAUUCCUCCAAUUCUCGGCAACCUAUCCUACACUGGCAAACUAUAUUUACAUGGCAAUAAACUUACUGGAGAAGUACCACCAGAACUUGGGAACAUGACUAAACUUAGCUACUUGCAACUGAAUGAUAAUGAAUUAGUGGGCACAAUUCCAGCUGAGCUUGGGAAACUUGAAGAGCUGUUUGAAUUAAAUCUUGCCAACAACAAUCUUGAGGGUCCCAUUCCUACAAACAUCAGCUCUUGCACUGCUCUAAACAAAUUCAAUGUUUACGGCAAUAGAUUGAACGGUUCUAUCCCAGCUGGUUUCCAGAAUUUGGAGAGUUUGACUUACUUGAACUUAUCCUCGAACAAUUUUAAAGGCCAGAUCCCCUCUGAACUUGGUCAUAUCAUCAACUUGGACACACUGGAUCUUUCCUACAAUGAAUUCUCUGGCCCCAUUCCUGCUACUAUUGGUGAUCUUGAGCAUCUUCUUCAAUUGAACCUGAGCAAAAACCAUCUUAAUGGGCCUGUGCCUGCAGAGUUCGGAAACUUGAGAAGCGUCCAAGUGAUUGAUAUAUCCAACAAUGCCAUGUCUGGUUAUCUCCCUCAAGAACUAGGCCAACUCCAGAACCUUGAUAGUUUGAUUCUUAACAACAAUAGUUUUGUUGGGGAGAUCCCUGCUCAGCUGGCUAACUGCUUCAGCUUAAAUAUCUUGAACUUGUCUUACAAUAACUUUUCUGGACAUGUCCCAUUAGCAAAGAACUUCUCGAAAUUCCCGAUGGAAAGCUUCUUGGGGAAUCCAAUGCUGCAUGUUUACUGCAAAGACUCCAGCUGUGGACACUCUCGUGGACCAAGAGUGAAUAUCUCUCGGACAGCAAUUGCCUGCAUUAUCUUAGGCUUCAUCAUUUUACUCUGUGCUAUGCUAUUGGCUAUAUAUAAAACAAAUCGACCACAGCCACUUGUCAAAGGAUCUGAUAAACCAAUCCCAGGACCUCCAAAGCUAGUAAUCCUCCAAAUGGACAUGGCCAUCCAUACCUAUGAAGAUAUUAUGAGGCUGACAGAGAAUUUGAGCGAGAAAUACAUCAUUGGCUAUGGCGCUUCAAGUACUGUGUAUAAAUGUGUCCUCAAGAAUGGCAAAGCCAUUGCUGUCAAGCGGCUCUACAGUCAGUAUAACCAUGGUGCCCGUGAGUUUGAGACAGAACUAGAGACAGUUGGUAGCAUCCGGCACAGGAAUCUUGUCAGCCUUCAUGGCUUCUCACUCUCUCCUCAUGGAAACCUUCUCUUCUAUGAUUACAUGGAAAAUGGUUCCUUGUGGGAUCUUCUCCACGGUCCAUCAAAGAAAGUGAAACUUGAUUGGGACACACGACUGAGGAUUGCAGUUGGUGCUGCACAAGGGCUGGCCUAUCUUCACCAUGACUGCAACCCUCGCAUUGUCCACAGGGAUGUCAAGUCAUCUAACAUCCUGCUUGAUGAACACUUUGAAGCACAUCUCUCAGAUUUCGGUAUCGCCAAAUGUGUCCCGGCUGCCAAGACCCAUGCGUCCACUUAUGUGCUAGGAACCAUUGGCUACAUAGAUCCAGAGUAUGCGAGGACAUCCAGGCUCAAUGAGAAAUCUGAUGUAUACAGCUUUGGUAUCGUUCUUCUAGAGUUGCUCACGGGGAAGAAGGCUGUUGACAAUGAUUCCAACUUGCAUCAAUUGAUACUGUCAAGAGCCGAUGACAACACUGUCAUGGAGGCAGUGGACUCCGAGGUGUCCGUGACAUGCACAGAUAUGGGUCUCGUCCGGAAGGCCUUCCAGCUUGCCCUUCUGUGCACCAAGAGGCACCCCAUGGACCGCCCGACCAUGCACGAGGUCGCAAGGGUGCUGCUCUCGCUCAUGCCGGCCCCUGCUUUGAAGCCCUCCUACACAACAGCCUCGAAAACAGUUGACUACACACGCUACCUGGCGACGACACCCGACCUGAACCAUGACGGGACAGACAUCGGCAAUAACAGCUCCUCCGACGAGCAGUGGUUUGUGCGGUUCGGCGAGGUCAUAUCCAAGCACACAAUGUGAACUCACCCCAGAAAAUUUUCUCCUCCCCAAGGUAGUAGUAGAGAGCUGGAAGUAUGAAGCUAGAAAGUUUCUCAUAGUAGCACAGUUGCAGGAAAAAAGUAAUAGGUGUAGGAUUUCAAGUAGAUGGAUGGCAACCAUUGUUCUUCACCUCUUUUUCUUCUUCAUCUUGGUGUUAGUUCUAGAAGCAUCGUCAGAAAGGACUCAAGAUAGUCUUCUCGUUUGCAUCCCAACAUGGAGUUUGUUGGGCAUUCAAGGGUGGAUCAGAUUCAGACUCAGAUCAGAGGUGUCCCGUGAGCACCUUCAAAGCCCCCCAACCAAAAUUUAUGUGUUGUGAUGUGAUGAGAACAGUUCUUGGAUCCUGGAUGCGCAUUGAAUUGGACCACGCAAUGCAUCAUGCCCUACUGGAGUACUGGGUGGACAGGAUUGUGCAAUGUAAAUGACGUCCUCUUCUUUUUUGUGAUGGAAUUUAUGAGUUGCUCUGGUGUGGCUGUUUUGGUAUGAGCUGCGUCUGAAUCUCUGAUGUGAGUAGCUGUAGCUGCUGAUCUGUAUUUAUGUGCCUGUGUUUGCCCCCGUCUUGUUUGUUUGUCAGGUUGUAGUAGUAUGUUGUAGAUGGCUGGUAGCUCUUGGAGCUGCAGUGUCAUCAUCAUGCGUACAGAGAUAUCAUGUCUCCUGGACAUGUCCCAGUAGGGCUUUGCAUUCAA